CACGUACUGCAGUACUGCAGUACUGUAUCUUGUCUUGCAUGUGGCACACAACGGCUGCGGACGGCGUGACGGAAGAGCUGCUGCAAGAACUCCUGGGUCGAUGGGAGACACUAGAUACGGCGAGUGUAUUUGCGCAGGACCAAUUGGCGGCAUUGUGGCGCGUGUCGUUUCCCACCGCGCCCGUGGAAUCCCCGCUGACGCCUCAUCCACGGUGGCUCGAGAUUGGGUUCUCGUCGGCUGAUCCGUGGCUGGAUAUUCACACGACCAUGCACCUGCACUGUCUCCUCUACGUCGCGGAGCAUCAGAACAAGCUGUACAUGCGCUUGCUUCGACGCAACGUCUUCCCCGUCGUACAGACACUCCUCCUCCUCCUGGACACCCUAGUGGCACAUGUGGACGGCAAGGGGCCGUGUCCGUGCUGCUCCCGUCCGAAUCAAGGCGAUCUCUUCGACGGCCUAGAGUUUCUCUACGAAGAGCGUCGCGGCUCUGAGUUAGAGCUAGUGUUCACCCGAAUGGUGAUCGAGUUUGACAAGUCCACGUCGCGCCUGCCGUCUCGGUUCACAGAAACUCGACAGCUCAUCGAACGGCUCAUGCGCCAACGCCCGACAUGUCAGAAUAUCCUGACUCUUCCUGUCAUGCCCACGUGGUGCGACAUCCUCCUCUGUCGAACGUAAUUCGACUUAUUUAAUCCGCUAUGUCGUACCCGUUCACCAGCAUGUGGCUCGUUGUUGGCUUUCAUACAUGCAAGUAGUCCACCU